AGGAUUAAUAUAGGUCGAUAGACCUCCUAUCCUUAUUACUAAAGGCUGAUUUAGUUUUCUGUAGUUUUUUCAUCUCCUAAAGUUUAAUACUGUAGUCAAUUCAUGUCCUAGUAAAUGCACACAAUUUAAAAUGCAGUAUAUUCUCUGCACGUAUUCACUGUAAUUUUUAAGACCAGUGCAUAUCACAAAAUUGAUUUUUACCCUGAAAAAGUCCAGACAGGUUAGCUGGACGAAACGUUGGGAUUAUUUAAAUUUAAAUCGCUGAGAUUAUUUCAAAUAUAAUUUUUACAUAUAUUAAUAUUUGUAUUGCUUCUCUGCAGGUACUUUUCUUUUGGUUGAGUUUUAAUAAUGACCGAACGCAAAGUCCUAAAUAAAUAUUUCCCUCCAGACUAUGAUCCUUCAAAAAUACCUCGUCUUAGAAGAGGCGAUCGACGUAAACAGUUUAAUAUUAGAACAAUGGCUCCAUUUAAUAUGAGGUGCAAUACGUGCAAUGGUUAUAUAUACAAAGCUAAAAAAUUCAAUUCGCGAAUGGAAACUGCAGAAAAUGUAGAUUACUUGGGCCUAAGACACUAUCGGUUUUACAUCCGAUGUCCUUUGUGCUGUGCUGAGAUUAUCUGGCGUACUGAUUUAGAAAGUGGUGAUUACGUCCUAGAAAGUGGGGCUAAAAGAAACUUCGAAGCGUUAAAAACGGCUGAAGAACUGGAAGCUAAACGUCAAGCUGAAGAGGAAGAGGAACUUGCUAACAACCCAAUGAAAUUAUUGGAAAAGAGAACUGAUCAAAGCAAACAAGAGAUGGAAAUGGUCGAAGUAAUCGAAGACUUGAAACAGUUAAAUCAACGUCAAGCCACCAUGGAAGCAGAUCAUGUUCUUUUGAGGCAAAUGUGGCGAGAAGAAGAAGCUGUCAAGGAGGCUGAAAAAGAAGCAGAUGAUGCACUAAUAAAGGAAUUACUUGCUUCAAAAUCCGAGCAAGUCCACUCAUUACCAUUGGAGCCUGGAGGUGAAAAUUCCUCUAAGCCGAUCAGAAUACCAGCCUUGAAAGAUUUGAUGAAAGUCAAUAGAAAGGAACCAGUAGAAAUUGGGAAAUCUUAUCUAAAGCGACAACUUCAAGGUGUUUUACGGGUGCAAAAGAGGUCAGUAUCAGAAACUAAAAUUCCAAAGCUUGAUGAUGAUUUUAAAGCAUCGACCAUGAAUAACAUAAAUGUUUCAAAUCCCUCAACGAAUAAUUCGUUAACAAAUGAUAAAUCAAAAGAUAGUAAUGUUAAUCAACAGGUGUCAUGUACCAGUAAUGAUAAUAAUGAUAAUACUCAGCCGUGUCAACCAUUACCUGGAAUGGUUUAUUCAGACCAUAGUGAUAGUGAUUGAGAGAGGAAAAGGAUAGCUGUAAAUAACUGAUACACCUAUCAUCUUGUACAGUUUUAAUGAAUUUUUAAAAAGCUUUUUUGAAAUGCUGUGACGUUUUUCUUCUUUGAGCUAUUUUGAAGUAUUUCUACUAAUAAUUCUAACGAUUUCCUUCAAAAUGAUCCUCUUUAGUUACAUAUCAC